GGAGGAGCUGGCUGAUGGGCGUGGGCAGAUAAAUACCAAAGCCCAGGAACCGGAGGGGAAGUGAACAGUGAGAUCUGGAGAGGGAAGCUGUGCGGGACGCUGGAGGUCCGGGCUGGGCCAGUGUCAGGGCUCCCGGGUAUGACCAGAGGCAUCGGGCCCCCAGGCGGGGCGACAGGCAUCGGGCCCCCAGGGGGGCGACAGGCAUCGGGCCCCCAGGAGGGGCGACAGGCAUCGGGCCCCCAGGCGGGGCGACAGGCAUCGGGCCCCCAGGCGGGGCGACAGGCAUCGGGCCCCCAGGCAGCGGCGGGCGCCGGACCCCCAGGGCGGAGAGCGACAGGUCUCGGGCCCUCAGGCGGAGCGGCGGGAGCGCAGGACCCCCAGGUGGAACGACAGGUCUCGGGCCCUCAGGCGGAGCGGCGAGCGCCGGACCCCCAGGUG